GUAUUUACCAUUUUGCACAGCUCUUUAUAGAGAUUUCUAACGCACAAACCCUGCUAAAGCCAAAAGAAAAAAAAGAGUAUUUCAUAAUGUAUUUCUUAGACAAUUGACAAUAAUUGACAUUGGCUUAAAGUUCUAUCAUUUUUAUUUAAUGUUUACUUAUAUUGUAUAUUUACUAAUAUGGAAUUGAUAAAACAAUCAAAUGAACAGUUACCUAACAAUUGUAUUCUACAGUAGUAACACAAACAAAGAGAUUCAAUUUCAGUAGUGAUGACCCACAGUUUAAUGUAUGAAUUAAAUUAAUUUGUUUAAUUAAGUGAAUUAUUAUGCACCUCUAAAAUUAAAAAAUAAGUGAUAAAAUAUGAUUCGAGCUAUAAGACAAUCUUUGUGGGUUUAUACUUUUAUAUUGGUAAUAAUUAUUACAGCAAGCUACAUGUAUUUUUUAAAUUUUAUGAAGAAUAGUUAUGAAGCUAACUUAAAUACUCAUAAACGAUGCUUUUCUGAAUUGGAUUCCAUAAAAUAUCAACUCAAUGUUGUCACGGAAUAUAAAAAUCGAUUAGAUAAACUAUUAAUAGAAACACAGAAAAGGUUUGAUGUGGAAAAGGAGAGGCAUAAAGAAAUAAUGGAUAGCUGUCUAGCUAUGAAACAACAAUCCGCAAUUUGUCAGAGCCAGUUUGAGGAUCUUCAGUAUGAAUGCAAGAAAAUGAAAGUAGAUCUUGAGAAUUUUAAAAGAGAAAGAGAAAAAUUAAAGCCAACAUAAAUAUACUACCUUUA